AGCGCAGUGCCAUUUGCGCGCCGAGCGCGGAGAUAUUUUCUCAGCCUAAACCGAGGUUCGUUGAAAACUUUAAAUAUAUUAACUUUAGAAAAAUACGUAAUUGUGUUUACCUAUAUUCCAGAUCUUAAAAUCUGAUGUGUUCUACAGUUUGAGCAUUUAUUAUUUUAGCACAAUAAACACGUUUUAUCUCAGUGCUGAUAACAUGUUUUGAAACAAGAUGUGGACAUUACCGAAGACCCGAUAUAACUAUAGCGGCUCGUCUGACAGUGAAGAGAAAGAAAUCGCUGUAAAUAUCGGAGGCGUAAGACUGGUUUUGUGUGGGGACAUUUUAAAUCGUUAUCCGGAGAGUCGACUGGCUGAACUUGUAAACUGUUCCACGCGUAGUUUCGAUGUGAUUUCAUCGCUGUGCGACGACUACGACCCUGGGAAUCAAGAAUUUUACUUUGACAGAGAUCCAGACUCUUUCAAAUGCAUCGUUGAGGUAUAUUAUUUUGGAGAGAUUCAUAUGAAAAGAGGAAUAUGUCCAAUUUGUUUCAUAAAAGAGAUGGAGUUUUGGAAGAUAGACUUAAGCUACUUGGACGAAUGCUGCAAGAGCAACUUGAACGAGAAAGAGGAGGAGUUGGCAGAAAUAGCCGACAAAGUCAAACUGAUUCUUGAUGAUUUGAAAAGCGAUCCCGAUGUGAACCGCUCAGAGCGGUGGCAGAAGUUUAUCUGGAAACUCAUGGAGAAACCAGAGUCCUCUUUCGCCGCGCGCGUGAUUGCCAUAGUGUCCUUUCUUUUCAUCCUGGCGUCCUCAGUCGUGAUGUGUCUUGGGACCAUUCCAGACCUUCAGGUGGAGGACGCAGAGGGUAAUCGCGUAGAGCAUCCGACGCUGGACGCUAUUGAGACGGCUUGUAUUGGCUGGUUCACCGUAGAGUACCUGCUGCGCCUUGCCUCGUCUCCCAACAAAGUGCGCUUCGCUCUCGCCUUCAUGAACAUCGUGGACUUCAUGGCCAUCAUGCCCUUUUACAUAGUAUGGAUCCUCACGCACCUGGGCACGGCGAUGAUGGAACUGGCCAACGUGCAGCAGGCAGUGCAGGCUCUGCGCAUCAUGCGCAUAGCCCGAAUUUUUAAACUGGCCCGUCACUCGUCCGGCCUGCAGACACUGACCUACGCGCUGAAACGCAGCUUUAAAGAGCUCGGACUACUGCUCAUGUACAUGGGUGUGGGGAUCUUCGUGUUCUCAGCGCUGGGCUACACAAUGGAACAGAGUCACCCAGAGACGCUGUUCCGGAGUAUCCCUCAGUCCUUCUGGUGGGCUAUCAUCACCAUGACGACGGUUGGUUAUGGAGACAUAUACCCAAAGACCACUCUGGGCCGGUGCAACGCUGCGAUCAGUUUUCUUUGUGGGGUAAUAGCCAUAGCGCUGCCAAUCCACCCCAUCAUAAACAACUUUGUUAUCUACUACAAUAAGCAGAAAGUGCUGGAAACCGCAGCAAGGCACGAGCUAGAGCUCAUGGAGCUCCAGUCUCUCGAGAUCGCCGUGAAAAGCGCCUCGCGCAGGUCUGACGCGCCAGGGGGCGCGUGGGAAGGCGCUAUGCGCGCCUCGCGCAGCGACACUCACAUUCCGCUGCUCACAGGCGCGCACAGGACUGCGCCAGAGUCGGUGAAGAAGAGAAGCAUGUCAUGAAACUGUAAAGACACUUAAUAUUUGAUGAAAAACAGUGGCAUUUUAUUUUUACUUAUAAACUAUCUGUGCAAACUAUCUUGCUGCGCAUAGACUGGGAAGACGGGCAAGCUGCUUGUGGGUGGACGUCAUUUUCUUGAUGACUGUUCUUGUUAAGGUGUCACCAAAAUUCAAUAAAGUGCAUGCCAAUCAUCGGACUUUGGCAUUUGU